GUAACACUGACAGUUCGUGGCUUCAUUUUCUGGGGGUGAGGCGUGAGUUGUAUUUUUCGGAUUAUUUUGAUAAAUUAUUAUCAAUAUAAAAUGCUAAAAUAGUGUAAGAAACUGGAAAGUGCUCAAAUAUGUGUCGUAGUAGUGAUUUUUCUAUUUGUAAUUUGUGUAAAGUGUAGUGUCCAACAUGUUUCGAUGUAUACCUUUGUUUAAAUGUAAUCGCCAAGUGGAAUGUGUAGACAAGCGGCAUUGCUCGUUGCCAACAGUGCCUGAAGACAUAUUGAGAUACUCCAGGAGUUUGGAGGAGCUGUUUUUGGAUGCUAAUCACAUACGAGACCUACCGAAGAAUUUCUUCAGACUUCACCGGCUAAGAAGAUUAGGACUUAGUGAUAAUGAAAUUCAUAAACUUCCACCUGAUAUUCAAAAUUUCGAAAACUUAGUGGAACUAGAUGUUUCCCGCAAUGACAUUCCCGACAUCCCCGAGGACAUCAAGAAGCUGCGCGCGCUGCAGAUCGCUGACUUCAGCAGCAACCCUAUUCCCCGGCUGCCGGCGGGCUUCAGCCAGCUGCGAGCUCUCACCGUCCUCGGCCUCAAUGAUAUGUCGCUCACCAGUCUGCCCAGCGAUUUUGGAAGUUUGGUGUCACUUCAGUCGCUGGAGCUGAGAGAAAAUCUGUUGAAGUCAUUGCCUGAGUCCCUCAAGAACCUCACUAAGUUACAACGGCUAGACUUGGGCGAUAACGAAAUCGAAGAAUUGCCUGGAUUUAUUGGAGAAUUGCCGGCACUGGAAGAAUUAUGGCUCGAUCACAACAAACUUCAGUACUUGCCCCCAGAAAUAGGAAAUUUGAAGGCUCUAGUGUGUCUAGAUGUCAGCGAGAACAAAUUAGAGAAGCUUCCAGAAGAGAUAGGAGGGCUCUGUUCUCUUACCGACCUACACCUAUCUCAAAAUAUGUUAGAAACAAUACCCGGCGGUAUCGGCGAUUUAUCCAAGUUAGCUAUACUGAAGUUGGACCAAAAUAGAUUACAUACGUUAAAUGAAAAUGUAGGAAGGUGUACAAAUCUACAAGAGCUUAUAUUAACGGAGAAUUUUUUAAUGGAACUGCCUAAAUCCAUAGGGAAUCUCAAUGAACUGACAGUACUGAAUGUAGAUAGAAAUUCCUUGGGUGAAAUACCGCUAGAGAUUGGGAAUAUGACAUUAUUGGGCGUGUUAAGUUUAAGGGAUAACAAGCUAACGAGACUGCCGAAUGAACUGGGAAAUUGCAAAUCACUGCACGUUUUAGAUGUCAGCGGGAAUAGGUUACAGUACUUACCAUACACACUAGUAAAUCUAGAAUUGAAGGCGGUGUGGCUGUCUGAAAACCAAGCACAGCCGCUGCUCACCUUCCAGACUGACAGGGACGAAGCCACGGGCGAGAACGUACUUACCUGCUUCCUACUGCCUCAACUCAGUUACACCCAACAACCAGAGUUGGAACACACAUCAGAGGUCGGCAGUCAACACUGGUACAGGGACAGAUUUAGUUCACGAUCUCAAGACCUGUACACGCAAGAUACAAGUUCACGUGAUCGGGAUCUCGACGACCCUGACUGGCAAGAGAAAGAAGAAUCUAGAACGCAUUCCGUCAAAUUCACAGAAGAGUACACCGAAGCGAAAGAGACUCCUUUCGUGCGCCAGAAUACGCCUCACCCGCGGGAAUUGAAAGCGAAGGCGCAAAAGAUACUCGGACGUUCGCCAGAGAUCGCUAAUGUGCAAACUGCACAAGAGCCGCCCGCGACAAAUGGUCUUCCUUUAUCUCCCCCUGAGCCACAGCCAAUAGCCAUGGAUAUUAAUGAGGCACACGACACCCAAAUACCCGAUACCAGAGAAGACGAGAACGAAUACCAACAGUCGAUGGAUCGAGAAUCGUCAGAAGGCGAAAACGAAGAUAAUGACGACUCCGAUGAAUUAGAGCACGGGCCCCGACGCGUCGCAUGGCGAGCGACCGUGCAGGAGCGCGCAGUGGCGCCAACUGGCGGACGAUUGCAUCGACGCGACACACCCCACCACUUGAAGAACAAACGCGUCAACCAGAUAGACGCGGGAAGGGCGCGAGAUUUAAUUGCGCAGGCGAUCAAAAAACGCGAGCAACAAGACGAGAAGACUGAUGAUGAAGAGGGAGUCGAAGACAUUCCUGACGGUGAAUCUGUAUCGGAGCGAGCAGAAAGUGAGACGCGAGUAGUGAGCGACCAGCGAUGCAUAGAAGUGAGAAUCGCCCGGGCAGCCGGCGGGUUAGGCCUGAGCAUCGCCGGUGGAAGGGGCUCCACGCCCUAUAUAGGCAAUGAUGAAGGCAUCUUCAUAUCGAGGGUCACGCCUAAUGGGCCCGCGUAUUUAGCUGGAUUAAGGGUUGGUGAUAAGGUGCUAUCAGUGAACGGGACUUCGGUGGUGGAGGUCGACCAUUACUAUGCCGUAGAAGUCCUCAAGGCAAGCGGUCCUGUGUUGACUCUUGUUGUUACUAGGGACUCUCCGAAUUCCACCAGGACACAUAGUCGAGCGCCGAGCGGCGCAAGUCAUCAUUCUGUUUCGAGUACCACCGAUACGAUCUCGACCCUGGAAAAUGGACAGGUCCCAACCGGCCGCGGCAUACCAUCCAAGCCGUUGAUAAUAGGGAACCAAUACGCCCAGGAAUUCGAACCGGAGUACAAAGAACACAAGAUCAGCAAUCAGACGACGCCUAUAGCGACACCUACCGUCAACUUCAGUAAUGUCCCGGGUGAACCUGUCACAACUGAUACGUAUCAAAGGUUGCAAGCAUCGCCGCCGCCGCAAACAACACCUUAUAUCCCACCUGUGUACCAACAAAAAGUACUAGUGCACACAACAUUGAUCCGUGAUGGAGCGGGAUUAGGGUUCAGCAUCGCGGGAGGCAAGGGUUCUCCUCCGUACCGGGAGGACAGUGAUGCCAUCUACAUCUCGCGGAUAUCGCCGCAGGGCGCCGCUAGUAAAGACGGCAAGAUGAUGGUCGGGGAUAAGGUGCUUUCGAUCAACGGCGUAGAUAUGGAGAACGCGCCCCACGAAGCGGCCGUGUCAUUGCUAACGGGUCACGAAAGGUUCGUGAGGCUGGUGCUUCAAAGGACCAUCACUUCAGAACAAUGCGAGAAGCUCCCGCGGAAGUCGACAUCAGACGAAGUGAGAGAGCACAAGACGAGCCUACAGAAUGUCAGCAUCACGCCCACACCGAAACCCACCAAUCACAUGACAGCACCUGUAGUCGGCAACCACACGCACACGUCGCCGCGUGUGACGCACAUAUCACCAGCACCCACACCGACACCGCCACAAAUAAAACCGCAACCACAAAUAAAACCACAGCCGCAACCGCAGAAACAAACUAGUUUCGCGCCCAAUGUGCCGCCUCAACCGGCGCCGAGGAAACUGAGCCAAACCAACGGACAGGCGCCCAAACCAACGACUAACAGUACGAGCACGCCGCUAACAGGAAAUAACACGCACGGCUCCAAUGACGACGUAUUCGACGACAUACAGCCCUCUCGACCAAUCACGAACGAGGAGUUCCAAGCGAUGAUACCGGCGCACUUCCUCGGUGGACCUCGGCCGACUUCGGAACCUCCCGAGCGAGGCGUCCGAGUCACAGUGGAGAGACCCUCGACCGCGGGAGUGGUACUUCCCCCCGCCCCCUCCACCCUCGGCAGAGUCACGGAAACCAUCACGAAGUCAACCUUCACGGAAACGACGGUCACGAGGAUCACGGAUAACCAGCUCGUCGCGCCGCUCAUCAUUGAAGAUGUGGUAUUGGUUAAGGAAGGCGGCUCACUAGGAUUCAGUAUUAUAGGUGGUACAGAUCAUUCGUGUGUGCCAUUUGGUGCUAAAGAACCUGGCAUAUUUAUAUCGCAUAUCGUCCCGGGCGGAGUCGCAGCGCGUUCCGGCAAACUUCGCAUGGGGGAUCGCCUCAUCAAAGUCAAUGGCAACGAGUUGACUGGCGCGACUCACCGCGACGCCGUGCAGCUGCUGCUGCAGCCGGGGCCGACGCUCACGCUCACCGUGCGACACGACCCGCUGCCGCCGGGAUACCAGGACCUGACGAUAGUGAAACAAGAGGGCGAGAAGUUAGGCAUGCACAUCAAGGGUGGUCUGAAUGGUCAACGCGGGAACCCUAACGAUCCUAAUGAUGAAGGCGUCUUUAUAUCGAAGAUCAACAGUGGCGGCGCUGCUAGGAGGGAUGGCAGACUAAAGGUCGGCAUGCGUCUUCUAGAAGUGAACGGUGUUUCGUUACUCGGUGCCACUCACAACGAAGCGGUGAACGCCCUCCGCUCCGCCACUAAUGCUCCGCUCCACCUAAUAGUGUGUCACGGGUACACACGCCCAGAGAAAUAUACGACCGGCAGCGAGAGCGGGACGGCAGACACGGGCGGCUCUCUGUCUCACUCAACCUCCAGCCUCGAUCGGGAUGAGCCGUUGCAUCAUCAUCAACAGGAGCAACAAUUCCAUCAGGAUCUAGUUGAGUUUGAACAUGAGAAAACAGUCGCAGAAAUGAGGGAGAAGUCUACCCCAGAAAAGGUACUAGACAUAGUCCACGCCGUAGAAAGCAUGGCCCUAGAGCCGGUGCCACCAACCUCGCCCGAGCCGCAACACAAGACCACCACCGUCGUUAUGUCAAAACACACGCUUCAACCUCAGUCGUCUAGUUCGCAAGCGGCGCCACCCUCGCCGCUCGCGGUGUUUACCCAGCAGAAGGUGAAGACGCCGCCGCCCCCCACCCCGCCCCCCGCGCCCGCGGACGGCACGCCCGUGGAUCCGCCCGCCGCGCCGCCGACGCCUAAACAGCAGCCGCAGCGACCGAUGCAACCGCCGCCGCCUCCCCCCGUGAAACAAAAACCACAAGUGCCACGCAAACCCCAGACGAAGCGAGUUAGUUUCACCCGGGAACCGGAAUAUGAGCCCGAACUGUACGAACCGUUGUCGACGAACGAACCGAAACCGACCCCCCAGCCCCUACCGCAUGAAGUGCAUGAUGCGGGACCUAGAGAUAUUGACACUAACGAUGCAUGCGCGGGAGUUAGCUCAUUACUAAUACGAAACCGACCGCCGAGAGCCGAAGUAGAGGUCUCGCAACCGGUACCUCAGGCGAGUCUUGUCCUUCCCGAAGACUACAUCAUUCCCCCUCCGCCCUCCUUCGACUCGAACGUAAGUGGCGUUCUUUUAGAAAAUGAGUUGUGUGUGCCGCCUAUUACUAUAGUUCCGAAACGCAUAGUUCUACCCGAACCAGAUGUUGCGGAAACAUCCAUGCAGUUUUCCAAUACGACAAAUUCUCCCGAAUCCGAAGUACCUCCUCCAAUUAAUUUUGAUGCCUAUCCGGCUGCAGUUACUCACCUCCCGAUCAUUGAUCGUCCCUCACAUUCUUCCAUAAUUUCAGAUGUGCCAUUAUGUCAAUUUUUGCGAACUUCAGAAGAUCCUAGUAUAAUUUGUGAGGAUUAUGAUGAACUUUUAUCAGCUAGCCCUAUUGGUGAAGCAGUUCCCGAAUUGCUCCAAGUACAUUAUAAGACUUUACCUGAAGUUUCACAUAUUCCUAAUACUCCAUGUAUUAUUCACCCAGACCAAACAUUCCACAGUGACAGUCCGAAAGAUUCUCCUUUACAUCAAUCGUUAAGAGAUUUAAGAGUAAAAAGUUUAUCACCGGGUAUGGUGCAUUCGACAACAUACCCAACUAUAAAUCCUUAUCCGUCUUUGACGACAGUUGCGGGAACAUUUAAUCCCUACACCAAUACGAUUCCAGUAUGUACACAUCAAACGUCCCAGCAUCAUAAGCCGCAGGUGUCCCCAUCGUUACCUUGCUCGCUAGGGAAGGAUAUAAACGCAAAUGUCACACAGACAAUUAAAACUGAUAUACCUAAAAGUGUUCCACCGGAGAGAAGAGUACGUUUCGGCGAUGUGACCACUGCGCCCGAGUCCGAAAUGAGUACUUUGUUGAACAGUUCGGAUCUCUUGGAGGAAGAGAGUUCCCCGCCCGCAUCCACUCCGAAACCCGCAUGGAGCAGCAAAAUCAAAGCCUUCGCCAUCGGCGAGGUAAUCAUCAAUGCUUCCCCACCUCCUUCCGGUAACUUUGUGAAGGCAUCUGUCAGCGACAAGAAAAAGUUUUUCGAAAACGCUAUGGAAGAAAGUCACAAACCGUCGCCUAAGCCAGAGAGAGUAUUCACAUUCUUAUCCGCGGAUGAAGUGGAGAAAUUGAAGCAGGAAGAGGAGAAGAAGAUGGCGUCUCUAUCGCGUGCGGAGCUCGGCUCGUGGUCCCCGGGGGAGGACCGCCAGAGCGACAGCUCGCACUCCGACGAUGAGCCAUACGAGAACGGCCAUAGUGUGUCCCUGGGCGGUGUUAGCCCAUCAGCGAAGUCCCAGCGUCGACGGGCGGCCCGCGAAGGGAGCGACGGUGAGAGCGCCGACGAGCGAGCGGCCAGGCGAGCCGCUUGGCGAGCCGCCAGGCUUCGGUCUUUGGAACAGGAAGCCAUUGAAUCGUCUAAAGUGAUAAAAAAUAUGGUCGGGCCGGCAAAUGAUAUUAUUGGUGAAGACAAAUCUCCGUCUGAGGUGGAGACAACGCAAGAGAAAAUAAUAUCACUAGAACUCACCACUAGUCCGAGUAGCGAAACGGCGCCCACUGAGCUCGCAGACGCCAGUAUCAGUUUAGGCGAAGGGGAGAUCGAAGGGGGAGACGCGUCCCUUCAACCCGACAUCGUCCAGGUUGUUAACCCUCUACUUGACGGCAGCGCGGGAAGAGUUACAGCCAUCCCCGUGGGCCCCGCACAGAGACUUACCGCCUAUAACGACCAACAACAGUAAACCGGGCCCGGCACAAUCUCCGCCUCCAAAACCAUACCCAUGACAAAUAAUCGGACCCACAAUUACCACGACUCGAACGAACUCGAUUGUAGAUUUCUUCAACGAAACGAACAGCGACUGCACUGAACGAACCAUCAUAAUUUGUAUUAUAAACUGUGAUAAUAAGUUUAGAUUUCCACCACCGAUUUCUUGUGUUACGUAAACGGCUAUUUUGAAGAAAUCCACUAACGAGGACACCGGCAUAGUGGCAUUUUCUGAUCACAAUUAUUUUUAUAUUAGAUUAUUUUGCGACGGAGAUUUUAGUUGUACUGUACGUAGGGAACUCCUAUAUAUUUUUAUAUAGAAAACUAUUCUUUGAAUACUUUAUGUAUUUAAUUUUAACGAUUUUCAUUCCGUGGAAGUUUUUAAAGUUUGACUGUUUGAUGCAUUAUCUGCUAAGUGGAAAGUGUUAAGAAUGCGAAUGGUUAGUAGAUUACUAUCGCGUAUUUAAAUAAUAUAAAUUAUGUAAAUACCAUCAGAAUCAAAGCAUUAAAUAUUUUAAUGCCAUUUGAUUCGUGAAGAGGACAGCUUUUUUAGGAAUAGUGUCAAAAUUGAAAAGAUUUAUUCGUAAUAUUAAUUAAUUAAUUAGUUUAAAAUGAUUUGUGCAUUGUUAUUAUUAAUUAUUACAGUAUUCUUUUUUUCUGGUGAGCUAGUAUUUUAUUAAUUUAAUCUUUUAGAAACUUUUAUUUUAUGUAUCUGGUGCCUUAUUUUCUCAGAUUGAUUUAUGCAAUUAUGUAUUUUAUUAUCAACGUUUAAUAAACAUUUUAAUUAAUUCUCUUUCAGUAUUAGAUUAGUUUUCAUGCAGUUUCAGUGAUGAACAAUGCAUUUUCGUCAUAAAUUCUAUAAGUUAAUUGUAUUGUAUAUCCUGUCUGUUGUCAUAUAAUCUUAAUCUCAAUGUAUAUUUCCAUAUCUGAGAAAUAGUAUUUGAUAAAUAUUUAAAAUGGGAGUAACGAAUAUUGAUGUGUUGUAUGGGAGAAUGUUUUAUAUGUGUGACCUUUAUACCUUUUUAAGUCUUUAGCGAUAUGUGAAUUGUAAACUAAUGAAAAUAUUGUAUGUUUGUCCCAAUUAAAUGGUUUAAUAUAUAUUUUAAUAAAAUUA